CCCCGAGAGGGGACAGGGCGGGGCGAUCGCGCUGUUCUCGCGGGGCGCGGGGAAGGAGGAAGGGCUGGCGGAGGCGAACUCCGGAGGGGGAACCGGCAGCUGCUGCAGCAGCCCACACCAUGUCGGCGCGCAACCCGGGCACCGAGCUCGACCUCAGCUGGAUCUCCAAAGUACAAGUGAAUCAACCAGCAGUUCUGAGGCGGGCAGAGCAAAUCCAGGCGCGCAGAACCGUGAAAAAAGAGUGGCAAGCUGCUUGGCUUCUGAAAGCUGUUACCUUUAUAGAUCUUACUACACUUUCAGGCGAUGACACCUAUUCCAACGUUAAAAGGCUCUGUUAUAAAGCCAAGUACCCAAUCCGGGAAGAUCUCUUAAAAGCUUUAAAUAUGCACGAUAAAGGCAUCACCACGGCGGCCGUCUGUGUCUACCCGGCGCGCGUGAGUGAUGCGGUGAAAGCGCUGAAAGCUUCGGGCUGUGACAUCCCUGUGGCAUCAGUGGCCACUGGCUUUCCAUCUGGACAGACUCAUUUAAAAACACGAUUAGAAGAGAUCAAAUUGGCUGUGGAAGAUGGAGCUAUGGAAAUCGACGUGGUAAUUAACAGGACCCUGGUACUGACAGGCCAGUGGGAAGCCCUGUAUGAUGAGAUUCGUCAGUUUCGCAAGGCCUGUGGGACAGCUCAUCUCAAAACCAUCUUAGCGACAGGAGAACUUGGAUCUCUUACUAAUGUCUACAAAGCCAGUAUGAUAGCAAUGAUGGCAGGAUCAGAUUUUAUUAAGACUUCUACUGGGAAAGAAACAGUAAAUGCCACCUUCCCGGUGGCUAUAGUAAUGCUACGGGCCAUCCGAGAUUUCUUCUGGAAAACUGGAAACAAGAUAGGGUUUAAGCCAGCAGGAGGCAUCCGUACGGCAAAGGAUUCCCUCGCUUGGCUCUCCCUCGUGAAGGAGGAGCUAGGAGAUGAGUGGCUGAAGCCAGAACUCUUCCGAAUAGGUGCCAGUGCUCUGCUUUUGGACAUCGAGAGACAGAUUUACCAUCACGUGACUGGAAGAUAUGCAGCUUAUCAUGAUCUUCCAAUGUCUUAAAUCGUCAACAAAUUCCAGAGAAGUGUUUUUUUACAAUGUUUAAAAAUUAUUUUUCUACAUAAUUUUUUAAAUUACUUAAUUAGAAAAUGAGGGAACAGAUACCUGCCUUUUUCUCCCUUGAAAUUUCCAUGGAAUGUAAUUCAAAGAAUGAAAGAAAAAUACCAACUAAUCCACAUACGGUACUCGUUUCAGGCGCAUGUGAAAUGGUCUUCACUACUAGGUCUGUACUGUUAACUUCGUGAAGGUUUUCUCUUAAACACUGUGAGUAGAAUGUUAAUGAUUGCUUUGACAACAUGCAGUUCGAAGGGGAAAAGUGUUAAACUGCCCAAGAACCAUGCUGUAGCGAAGGAGGUCGCGCGUUCCUGACCUGCCACUGCGCUCGAGGGACUCCAGGAGGCGCUGGCGAGGCACUGAUUUCCUGCCAUGAAAAUCCGUCUUUAAUUUUGGCAACAGAUAGGCUCUUUUAUUAAUUGUUUUGUUAAUGAAGUUUCUGUCAUUAUUUACAAAACUAUGAAUGUCGUGUCUUUUAAAUAAAAAAACCCACCUUUGUA